AUGGACUACUUACAAAAAGAUGUUGAAUAUUCCAUUGAAUUAGGAGAAUCCAUUCGAAAUUUAAAAUCCACUUCUCCAUCUCUAUCCUCUACAUCAUCAUCCUCUACAUCAUCAGCACAAUAUCAUUUAUUUAAAUAUAAAUUUAAACCUAAAAGUAUGAAAGGAAUACAUUGGGAUGGUAAAAUUGAAAUUGAUCCAAGUAAUGGAGUUGUGAAUUUAAAUGUUGAUACCACAUCCAAUACUUCAACAAUAUUCAAAGGUACCUAUGAAGAGAAACAUCAAAAACAACAAUUACAUGAUUGUGUAUUAAUAUUUGAUAAGAAUACUCAUACCUUUCGAUUGGAACGAAUUUAUGCAUUGAGUGGAGGAUUGAAUAGUGGUGCGAGUGCCAGUAGUGCGAGUGCCAGUACAAGUGGAUCUAUUUCUUCGAGUAGUCAGAAUAUUACGACCACUACUGGCAUGUUGUAUAAUAGUAGUGGAAUUAAUACAGUCAUUACACCCAUGGUGGUUCAACCAUUACAAGCAAGUAGUAGUAGCAGCAGUAGUGGAACGACACAAUUAUUAAAUCCAAUAACCACUUCGAGUCAACAUGCUGUCAAAUCGACAACUCCACCUAAAAAAACACCUCCACCUUCACAUUCUCUUGAUUUGGAAAUACCAUCGAAAAAGAAGAAGGAAUCUCCUGAAAAUAACAACACUUCAAUGAUGGCUCAAAAAGCACCAAUGGGUCUUUCUGGUAUUCCAGUCGAUGCCUCAUCAGCACUUGAUAGUGAUGAUAGUGAUUCGAGUGAUAGCGAUAGUGACAGUGGGAGUAGUUCAAGUGACAGUGAUAGUGACAGCGAGAGUGAUAGUGGUUCUGAGUCUGAUUAA